AUGACCUACUUCACAGACCUGCAUACCUACCUGCACCAGUCGUCGCUCCUCAUCCAAGCGUACCCUUCAGCACGCAUCACGACAAAAUAUGCUCUACCUCGAAAACCCAACACAAAAGCCAAAUCAAAACCUAAGGAGUCACGAGGGAAAGAUGAUCCUGUAUCUGGGGCUUCCACAACAGACACGGCUGCGACAACCUCUCCUCCAUCACAACCGCAGAGCAAGCGGGAGCGUUCUGCCGUCCUUACCUUGAAAACAUACCACGCAGAGAGCGGACUAUGCUUGAAAUACCGAACUGACAAGGCUGCCGAAGUUGGGAGGCUAUUGAAUGGACUAGGAAGACUGGCCAAAGGGGAGGUCAUUGAGAUGCCUGCUGCAGCAGCUGUCUCUGCGGCACCGGGAGCGGGCACAGGUGUAGAUGGCGAUAAGAUGGACGUCGAUGGUGGAUCCGUCGCUGCGACGACCAAGAUUGAAGACAAGGUUGUGACAGCUCCGCCAGCUGUGACGCAAGGGGGUGGAGGAGGGAAGGGAAAAAAGAAGAAAGGGAAGAAAUGA